UUAGUGAAAUUUUUCAGAAACCAAGAACUGAAUAAAUUACAUACGUAAACGAUUUGUUUUUAUUUACACAUAAUCUGGACUCUAAUUCGCUUAAAUUGAUCAAAAAAAUGGAAUUCGCCGUGUGCAGAAUAUGUUUGAAAAUAAAUGUAAAAAUGCAUAGAAUUACAAAGACUAAAUUACAAAUUAUUUACGAGAAACUUACUAAUAUAAAGAUUGAAAAUCAUGUUCUUCCUUUGCUACUGUGCUACAUGUGUCGGAGGAAGCUACAGAAUUGUCACGAGCUUAUGUUGAAGGCUCUGAACAGCGAAAUGUUUUUAGCGGAACUCGGACGUAGUGGAGUUCAGCUCACCGAACAAGUAAUUGAGACAAACAGUCACCAUGAAAGCUUACUAAGUCAAUCAAAAAUCGAAACCGUAGAGAUACAAGAAGUGUACGUUAAAAAAGAAAUUACAGAACAGAAUAUUAAUGAAGAUUUAUCGAAUGAAGAUGAUUUGAAAGAUUCACCGAAAUACGAUUUCAACAUAGACGAUGGUAAUAAUGCAACCGACUCAGAAGAUGAUGUCCCAUUAAAAAGUAUAUUAAAGAAAGACAAAGAAAAACAGGUGCCAAGAGAAAUGAGUGAAUGUCAGAAAACCAAUAGAAGAAGAAGUAAUAAGCGAACCGAGCAAAAGAUUGACUCUGAAGAAAUAAAGCUGAGCAGGGAGGAGCAGAUGGAGGCGCUGCUUAAGAGAGCCAAGUCGUUGAAUUACAUUAAUUCGCCGUUCAAAUGCAAUUUGUGCUUCAGGGGAUUUGUUUUUGAACAGGCUUAUAUCAAUCACAAGAUGAAACACGACGAAGUCAACGGGCCGCACCAGUGUCCCGUGUGCAAGAUGCACUACAGGACUCAACGCCACCUGAGGGUUCAUUCGGUGACGGCGCACGAGAGACUGUACCGCUGCAACAAGUGUGGUACAAUAUCGCACACCAUGAAUCAGGCGAGGGAUCAUGAGAAGUGGCAUAACGGACACACAUAUGAAUGUCUACUGUGCGGAAUGAAAUUUAGGAAGCCUACUUCGUACCUGACGCACAAACGUAAAAGGCAUCCAUCCAAAUAUAUAUGCAACUUGUGCGGCGAGAGCUUUAUAGGAGCCCACGGACUUCUGAUGCACAAGACCAAAGCACACAAAUCGAGCGAAUCGAAUCCCGAGGAUGGUUCUCCGGGAGAGGGCUUCUGCGCCGAAUGCGACAUUCGUUUCACGACCCUCGAAGCCUGGAAGAGACAUAUGAUCUGUUCUAUCAACCACCGAUACGAUAGUAGUUUAAAAUGUAAGAUUUGCAAUAUAAAGUACAGCAGCGCGGAUUCGUUCACGGUUCACAUGAAGGAGCACUUGAAGAGUUUGAAGAGGCACCGAGGACCGCCCGGGGACACGGGCCACACCAAAGUGGCCUGCGACCAGUGCGGCGGGAGCUUCGCGAACAAGUCAAAGCUGCAAGCUCACAUAAAUCGAAUGCACUUAGGCAUAAAGUACAACAAGGAUAUCGUGUGCGAAGUUUGCGGGAAAAAGUUCAGCUCGAACGCCUUCCUGCGCUACCACCAGCGGAUCCACACCGGCGAGAAGCCGUACUCGUGCGAGACGUGCUCGAGGAGGUUCACCGAGAAGAACCAGCUCCGGAUCCACGUGCGCACGCACACCGGCGAGAAGCCGUACUGCUGCAUCGUCUGCGGCCGGAGCUUCAGCCAGAAGCCGGCCCUGAACCGACAUUACCGGACUCACACGGGAGCGAAGCCCUACGAAUGUCGGUAUUGUUCAAAGAAAUUCAGUCAAUCGAAUUCAAUGAAUCUCCACGUGAAGACGAUACAUCUGAAGAUGGGCAGGGUGGCCAGUGCGAAGAAAACGGACGGGGAUCCGAUCGAAGUGUUGCCAGAGAAGAAAAAUAUUUGUAUUUUUGAAUAAAUC